AUGGGAUUAUUGAGCCGACUUCGCCGGCGCUCUAAGAGCCAAAGCCGUGCGGGGAACGCCGUCAGUUACGAGCAGCACCUCCGCAUGCACAGCGACCCUCCUCCUUUGCCCGCCAACGCUGUUUAUCUCUUCAAGCAGCUCCCAAAUCCCGUGCUUGCGCGCAUCCUGUCCUUUGUCUGCCCCCAUGCCGCCGACGGUUCCUAUGAUACCUCUGAGGAGUCAAUGACAGAAGAUGGCUGCAUGCUUUGUGACAUGCGUGACCUUGCGCACUGCGCUCUGGUCUGCAGACGCUGGUACAGUGUUGCUCGGUCUAUGCUAUACUCCCAUGUCCGCAUCGACGCAGUCCACUACUGCGAACUAGAAGAGAUACUAGCGGCCAAGCGAAAGCGCCGUUCACGCUUCGACCGCAAUGCCGACCCCAUCGACCCUCCGCAAGUACGCCUCUCCCUCUUCAUGCGCACAGUUCGACUCUCGCGCGAUUUAGGCAACCAGGUCCUGUCUCUACGCAUGCCAUACAUGACCCGCGAGGCGAACAAAGCUGAGAUUGCUCGAACCAUCUCCGUCCUGCCCAAUCUCCGCUACGUCGACCUCCCCUCGGGCUUCUACAGCGACGACCCGUCCUGCCUCACCCUUAAACAAGAAGUUAUGGUCCGCUGCCCAGACCUCCGCCGCAUGACCUACCGCAGCGGCGCAGAGGGCUCCUUCGCCCAACUCCCAGGUUCAGGCCUCUGGACAAACCUCGAGGUCCUAGAGCUGUCUAACCUCCAAAUUGAACCAUCCACCCUCCGCCUCUCCCUGGCCUCCUUCCCUUACCUCCGCGACCUCACAAUCGACAACACCCCAUAUCUCGACGACUCCAUCUUCUCCACAACCACCGACCAAACCCUCCCUCCCUUCCCCGCAAUCCAACGCCUCACCCUCCGCAACACACCCAACAUAACAACAAGAGGCCUACUCUCCUUCCUCGGCCACCCAAAACCACGCAACAACCUCCAAUCCCUAACCCUCUCCUCAACCGGCGUCUCUCCAGCAACCCUCCACGCAGUCGUCGCCGCCGCGCCCAACCUCACAGCCCUCCUAACAACCCAAGAAGUAACCCGCUCCUUCCCCCCGGAGAAGAUCCCCCCGCUGGCCUCCCGCUCCCUCCAACUCCUCCACUACGAAAUCACCUCCGACCCGGGCUCCUACGGCGUCCUCCCACGAGCCGCCGGCUACUACACAUACCUAAUUUCAACCCUAAUGUCCAAUUCGCUCCCCGCGCUCCGGGAUCUCUACGUCCGCGACGCAGACUUCCCCGAAGCCCUCCUUAUUGCCCCUCCCCCGCGCCUAUUCGGCGGCGGCGAAUCAGGACCGCAAUUCAUGGGCGGUGGACUGGCCCGGCCUCUAAACGUCUACAGCAAGGGUCUCGAUGAGCUAGAGUGGAAUUUCACGCCUUACGAGCCAUUGGGGAGUUCUACGCGGGGUCGACGGGAUAGUGUGACGAGGCCUGUCAGUUUCCAUGACGCGUCGCUGAGUCAACGAUGGGGAGGAGAUGCGAGGAAGAGUGUGCUUGUGGGCAAUGGAUUUGGUGGCUAUCUGGCUGUUCCGGUUGAGGAUGGACGGCCGAAGAGCAGCGGCGGGUUUAAGAGGGAUAGCAAGGGCGAUUUGUGGCGGUAG